AUGGCGACAGACGCGAUACCACCCAAGAAGCUUAAAAAGCUACCCUUCAAGCCUACGGCCCUCGGGAGGGCAGCCUCAUCCAGAAGCAAGGAUCCCGAAUCGGACGACUACGAUGUCACGAAACUAUUCAGCCGCUCUAGGGAAAUGGCGCCUGCCCUUCACGCGGAGGAGGAAGAGAGAUGGAAGAGGAAACAAUACAAGUUGAAGAAGGAACUCGAGAAGUCCAGACUAUCUGCCGAGAAGCGGCCCAUCGACGACGACGACGACGAGGAACAUGGCAGUCCUGGCGCCAGCCAGCCCACAGAAAAGGCGUCCGCCAGUGGAAGCCAAAAACGAGAUGCGCGAGGAGACAGACAUCAAGAAGAUAGCUUUUCACAGGCAGACGAGGAGGAUGAGGAAGCCCCAAGGUACGGCCCAGCCUUAUGCGCCAUCUUUGCCUGUUCCUUUUCGACUGUAGAUAUUGACAUUAGUUGUGGUAGCUUGGUCACCCCACCAUCAUCCAAGCGUGUAAGGCUUGAUAAGUCAUGGUCCUCGAAGUUGAGCCCAGGCGCAACAUCUUUGAGCCAGUCCUCAGUACCAGAAUCGCCUUCUCCCAGAAGAAGCAAGCGGCUGGCAGAACUGCCACCAUCCGAGUCUCCUGAGGUCGAAUCUACACGCGAAGUGGCAUCAUCCCCCAUCUGUAUAGAAUCCGACGACGAUGAGGUCGAAAUCGCAAGACCCAGCCAGUCUAGCACCAAUGUCAAGAUAGACGAUGAGGAGCCUGUCGAGGACGACAUCAUUGAGGAAGAGGAAGAGUUUGCCGAAUAUGUCCAGAGGGCAAAGGAGCAGCGCGCCCGUGAUCUCUCCCGCGAUCUUGAUUUUGAUUGUGACGAUAAAGCCGUCAAAGUACACGUCAGUAGCCAAAUUCAUGGCACCCGGGAUUGUCUGGUGAUCGUCAAAUAUGACAAGAGCCUGAAAGACAUUCGAAAAUCUUGGUUUCAGACCCAAGCCAAGUUCGAUAUAUCACUUCCUCCAGGUUUCACCAUGAGUGAUUCUAUCCUGACAUGGUGUGGCGCACCGGUCUACAGCCACACCAGCCUUCGUGAUCUGGCUAUUAGGCCCUGUGGAUCUGGUAAGGUGACUGCGCCAAGCUCAAACCGAGAUGGUGUCAGCCCAGACGGUACUGUGGUCCUUAUGCGGAUACAUACCCCUGAUGGCUUCAGGAUCUUCGAGGAAGAAAAGCGUCGGAAACGCGAAGCCGACGACUUCUCCGACGACGAAGAACGUGAAUUGCCGGAAUCCGAGGCUGAAACCUUGACGAUCAAUCUCGCGGCCCGAGACUUGGAGCCAGCUGAAUUGAAGGUUCAGCCAGAGACGACUGUUGACACAGUCAUAACGACCUACCGAGCCAUUCAAAAUAUACCGUCUUCUCGCCAAGUUACUCUUUGGUUUGAUGGGGAAAUGCUUGAAGACUAUAUCACUAUGAAGGAUGCUGAUAUUGAUGAUUUGGAUACCAUCGAGGUUCAUAUCAAGUGA